CGACCAGGACCCAUCAGCUCCCACACCGAAGCUUGAAUCCUCAUCCUCCAGCAUGAAGGUCUCUGCAGCCCUCCUGUGCCUGCUGCUCACUGCAGCCACCUUCUGCACCCAGGUCCUUGCCCAGCCAGAUGCAAUUAAUUCUCCAGUCACCUGCUGCUAUACACUUACCAGUAAGAAGAUCUCGAUGCAGCGGCUGAUGAGCUACAGAAGAGUCACCAGCAGCAAGUGUCCUAAAGAAGCAGUGAUCUUCAAGACCAUCGCGGGCAAGGAGAUCUGUGCAGAACCCAAGCAGAAGUGGGUCCAGGACUCCAUAAGCCACCUGGACAAGAAAAACCAAACUCCGAAGCCUUGAAGCCUGACUCCACCCCCCGAGAAUCUGAAGACAAUUCAUUUCCUUCUAACUUGCCCUAAAUACCCUCAGAUAUUAUUUUAUUAUAAUUUUAAAGAGUAUGAACUUUAUUGAUACGAAACAUGAUGCCUUAAGUAACAUUAAUCUUAUUUAAGUUAUUGAUGUUUGAAGAUCCUCCAUGACUACUGGUGUUUUAUUUUUAAACGGAGACUUGGGCACAUUGCUUUCCUCUGUGAAUCUCAGUCCUCCCCCUGGGAUGACGGAAGGGUCCUUGCAAGGAUGGUGAACACAAAAACUUUCUGUUUUAAAUUCUAAGCCAUUGUUAAAAAUGAUAUUGUGGAAAUGUAUAUUAUGUAACUAUUGAACAAUAUAUAUGAUAUAUUUUUGUACAAAAA